AUGUACUCCGACGACUAUGACAGUCUUGACGACGAGGCGUUGGUGCCUCGUAAGAAUAAGACCACACCGCCACCUCCACCGAUUUACUCGUUUGAGGACUUGGAGUCUUUCCAGAUCAAGUUCUCAACAAAGCACGUUAUCAUUUGUGCUGUCGACUUCGAGACUGUCGACAACUACGUCGGGAGCGACUUGGACAAGAUGUCAGAAAUUGGAAUCACGAUUUAUGACCCAAGAACCAGUCCCUCUACCAGUACGCUAUUCAAUACCACAUCGACCACCUCACAGUCCAAUAAGCAUCUCGAGGACUUGGGAAGAUUGACGACCGCUCAUCACAUCCUGAUUGAUGAGUGGAAGCACGAAACGGAGAUGACCUGCAAAGCCUUUUGGCAUAAAGGUCGCAAAAACAAGUCCGGGAAACCACACAAAGCGCGGCCAUACCACUGCCAGUUCGCAAGGUCCACCGUUCUGAGCCGCGAUGAGUCUAUCAACUGGCUGAAGGCUCUUCUCCGCCGACUUACGACACAAAAUCGUACCGCCGAGGAAAUCAAGAACGGAGACGAAAGGGAGGUGAGACUUCUCUUCUGGGAUUCCGGCCUCGAAGAUCGGAUCUUCUGCCAGGCCGACAUCCAUCUUCCUGAACUUGGCAAAGACAUCCAAGGUUGGGACCUUCAGGCAUGGUGCCCGUUCAGAAUCCGCUUCAACAACGGCGUCAACAACGGUCAGGCAAGCGGGGAAAUGGCAUUCGCCAGUUUGGGCGUGCUAGGCACGACGUCGACCACUGUCCUUCACAACGCAACCAACGAUACGGUUGCGCAGCUGUUGUCAUUCCUGCGUAUGACGGUCAUGACUGAGGACGAAUGGAAGGCGUGGUUUGACGAAAGGGUCGAUUUUUCUCCCAUUUCUAUCGACUGGUUAGACGAAUCAAUUUACGAGGACAACAUAAGCCGGGCUCCCAGAACCCAAAAGAGACAUCAGCCAAGGACGCCGAUGCAAGGGCAUGGGAACCAUGUCACUUAUAAUGGAAAGCACGGCCAGUGUUCAAACACAAAACCAUCGUCAAGCUGGAAGGAACCACGUCACAGGGGCAACUACAACAGACAUUGCCAAAACGGUACACCUGGCCCUUGUAAUACGACCAGUCCUAGCAACACUCGGCUCCAGGAAUCUCAUCAGCAAGUCACAACGCUGCGACAGAACCUAGGACCUGAAGCCGCCAACGUCACUGGUGCCGUCACCGAAAUUGCCAGCCUCAGCCAAGAGAUGGGCAACAUCCAUCUCCAGGAUUCAGAUGUCCACAUACAGGUAAAAUGUGGUGCAACGGAGGUGGAAAAAGGCUAUGAGGGAGACCAUAGCUCAGGGAGGAAAGGAGGCGCCUCGAGGAAACAAAGGGCCCGGAAGAAGAAGGCUGUCAAGCGAGAGGAGUGCUCGAGGCAGAUUCCGGGUCUUUCGUAG